AUGACCGGAUUACUCGCUUUGUGUAUCAUCUGUUUUACUCUAUAUUGUAGCUUUACUUGGGUACUUCCAAGGUUUUUAGCAUGGUUGGUGAAAAGACGAUACAAAAUUUAUCUGCGUGUCGGCCACAUUUCAUUACCGUAUUUUAUACUGCGAGAUGUAAACGUUUCUAAAAAUGGUUUCACAUUGCAAGUCGAAGAGGUCGGUAUACGUAGCAGUUUAUUUAGCAGCGAUGUUGCAAAACUUUUAGCUGUAAUAAUGAAAGAUGUUAGAAUUAACAAAGAUGUUUCCUUGAAACCUGUACGAAUAAUAAAAAAACCAAAGAAGCUGGUGGAUUUUCGAAAGAAGAAGAUUCCACCUAUAAUUAUAACAUUUGUACAAUUUAUGGCUGUGCACGUAGAGAAUUUAAGUCUUCUAAUUUUGGGUGAUGGUUGGUUGGCUAAUGGAAGCGCGGAGAGUGUUACUUUGGACGGUAGCGUUGUUCAUGGAGCUCGUACACUCAUUGCGUCCGCUGCUGUUAUAGGGGGAGCGAUGAAAUUGCUACGCCAUGCGUCCGACGCCUGUAUUUCGCACAUAUCCUUUGCUGGUACAGCCGAAGCUACUUUAAAGGCACAAGGAGAACUUUCGGUAGAGAAAUUGUACAUCGGAAUAACGCAGACAGAGGGUUCCGGUGGAGCAGGCCUCGUUACAUUCUUCAAAGACAAAAGUUCCUUAACUAACGCUGCAUCUUCGUAUUCAGAUGCACGUGGUAUUGAUUCAUCUAACGAUCUAUUGGCUCGAUUAGCACCAGUUAUACCAAAGGAUUUUAUACUGAAAAUAGGGAAUUCUUCUGUAAUUACGACUAGAGAAGAUGGCGUAGUACUUGGUCUAGAAGGAACGAUGAAGAGUCUACAAAUUAGUACGAAAUUCCAACCGUGUGGUCCGCAGUUAAGUCUUACUUUAAAUUUGGAUGGACUGUCAAUUCGUAGCAAACUUCCCGUUUUAACGUUGCGAUCUUUAAUAGUAAAUGCAAAGGUGGAACAGGAUAGUUUAGAAAUUGCUACGCAGAUAAGUAAUCUUUCUAUCAUUUACGAUUAUAAAGACUGGGAGAGCAUAUUGAAUAAUACCAAGAAUGAAGUUUCAAAGCCUGUCGGUAGCAUAACGUUGAAAAAUAAAUUACCAUGGUUAGAUAUAAGAAUGAACACUGAACUUUACGAUUCGUCUUUAUGUAUCAAGUUACUGGGCGUUCACGAAGCUUCGUGCGGUGUAUCUCACGUGAAAUAUUCUUUGAAUACGCUUACAGAUACGAUCGACAAUUGGAACACAGAGUUAGUCGUGGAAUCUUUGUAUUGUACAUUAAACGGGUCGAGUAGCAUUCCUUCGGAAACGUCUCAUCGAUGGGGAACGCCUUUGUCUAUUGGAGUAUUACUAGCAACGACGCGUACCAACGCGAUAGGUAUUGCCAUUGAUUCUCUGGUAACCGAAUGGAGUUUGGAACUUGCCAGAUUCCUUGAAGAAGCAUACACAUGUUGCCAAAGGUACAAAAAAAGAACCGAGACGAGGAGAAGAGACAACAAAGAAUCGGAUAACGUUGUUCAGUUAAAUCUCAAGAUUACAAAUUGCAACUUAUUCUUCAUCGCAGAAAAUAAUUUAUCUGUGAUGAUGCGUUUGGACACUGCAAAUUUGGAGUACAUUGCGAAGCGACUAGUAGCUGUGACAGAAGGUGUAAGCGCGAUAACGUUAAAUAAAAACGAACCGAUUAUCUGUCAACACGCACAAGCAUUGGCGCAUCCGUUUUUAGCUAUAAGAAAGUGCAAAGGAGCAGUCACUUCUGAAACGAUAAAUAUCAGUUUGGAUGGCAGCAGUCUGGCGUGGAGUCCAAAUUUACAUCUUCGCCUUUUACAGUUGUGGCUAGAGUCUGCAGAUUUUCGAUCUAUCAUAGGUAGAGAUUCAUCGACAAUCAGCAUUCAAGUUGAAGAGCAACAGAAACGAUCGAUAGACGUACUGGCAACUGGCGGUAUUAGUUUGUCCAUAGAUAUUUCUCCGAACCACUUUUUGGAAUUAUCGUCGGAUCAGUUGCGUUGGUCGCAAGGAGAAUGGCGAUUAAAUUAUGUGCGCGUUUCUUUGGACAUGGCUAAUAUAAUUAUGAUCGAAGGUUUCGAACUAGUCAGGAUAGUGGAUAACAAGGAGGUGCGACUAGAAAGGCAAAGUAACGAAGGUUUCAUUCUGGAUUGGAACGAAACCUGGAUGCUUAACAUUGAAUCGGUGAAAGCAUGUUUUCCGUACGAACAUCAGUUUACCGACGCGAUUCAAAACGAAUUGUUCAGUAUAAAGAAAUGGUUGAAAGAAAUUCACUCGUCGUCGUCUUUAUCUUUGUCAUCGUCGUUUUCGUCACCGUCAUCAUACACGUUACAGAUCAAAGAGUGGAUAUUUGAGGUGAGCGACGAUCCAUUCGAAGUACGUUUGCGGGAUAAUUACGAAUUGUUGGAAGACGAGUAUAAGGAGAGUUUGAAACGACAAGCUAUGCUCGACGCUAAAGUGCAAGAACUGCUUCGAGCUCAUUUGUUACUUCCGCAAGGUAAAGUCGAAGAAUUGUAUGCUAGUUUGAAUAAAAAGAAUUCCGAGAUAUACGUACAGCGAUGGAAACAAAUGCAACGCGCUGGUCCAGCUAGAACACGAUUGUUCGCCUGGUCUAUGUUGGACAUCGAAAUAUUGGCUUUAGCCGAUCCGUCGAUCGACGGUACGGAAAACGCGACGAAAGCCGUACGUGAAAUGGACGCGGAAACUCCUUGGCCGGAAGAUGGUCUUGAAUUUAGUACGCUAUGGGUGAGGGGAAUCAGCUUAAAGUGCGCCGAAUGGAAGUUACAAUUACGAGAUUUCCCGCAACCAUUACUUCUCGUAGAGAAUUUAAGCGUAUGGGGCAGAUUGGCUGGUGCGGAAGCUUUGGCACCGGUGCGAGCCAGACGAACCGUCAGAAUCGAAAUCGGCGCACCAUGGGAGGAUAUAGUGGUCGAGAGAGGAAUGACGUCUCUCAAGUAUUAUCACGAUCUGAAUUGGGAUAUCGACAAAUUCAGGUAUGCGUUCGGCCCCUGUUGGGAGCCGGUGAUAGCGCAAUGCAAUCUCAGUUUCGAGAAGAUCAUACAUCCGUCGAGAGAUCCAAGCCCACCGUUGCCAUUCUGGGAUAAAAUGCGUUUGGCGGUACAUGGAAGGUUGACACUUUGCGUGAAACAAUUGACGGUGUUGUUGCACGGCUCGUUGGAUCCGUACAACACCACUGAAGAGAUGGAACUGACGUGGUCAGGCCUGGAACUCGAUUGGACACAAGGGAGGAUCAUCGUGAAAGGAGAUUUGGACGUUUACGUUCGUACGGCGAGCAAAUACGACGAUUGCAGAUUACUGCAUUUACCAAACGUACGUUUAGGGAUAAAGUUGACGUGGGUUUGCCUGGGUGAUCCUAGGGAUCAUCAUGCCGCGAUACCCUGCGCUCCGGACAGAUUACCGGAAUAUUCGAGCAAUCAGGAGCACGAUUCGUUCAGAGCGUUCCGUUCGCAGAAUUUGAACGUGAGCUUGUCGCUAGAGACGAAACCACCAACCGGAUCACCGGCGGUGGCGAACGCACCGACCGCCUUGCUUUACGGCAGCACGCUUAGAUGGUUCGAGAAUCUAAAGUUCAUUUUGUCCGGAGCGACCAGACCGACGAGGAAGGGGCCGUUAUUUAAGAACAUCAGACCACGGAAGAAACAGUUGAGCCGACAUUACAGAAAAGUCCGGUUGACAUUGGCUUUCCAUCAAUUUCACGUUAACUACUGGAUGUCUUUCGCGAUGCAACGGGGAUUCGAGGUGACCGGCGGUAGAGUCGCGUGUAGCUGCGAACACAACUUAUCCUUGCAUCCGAUCGACGACGGAUUGAUACAUCGUCCGAGAGCGGAAUGGUCGGUAGUCUACAUGAAUUGCGAGUUAAGCGACGCGGAGAUCUGGCUGAAGAGCGCCCUUCACGAGGACAAGGAGAGCGCUUCGCUGCGGCAGCCGGUGGAGAAGUGCUACUGCUUGAGCGUGGCCCGUGUCAGUUACGGCAGGGAGGCAAUGGUAACGGGAGUUACCGGCGGAAAUACACCCACCCAUAGACUGGUCGUGCACGAUUUGAAGGGAGCCUGGACGAAGACGAACAGAGACGUGGCGUUCGCGCUUUUCGAUUCGUUCAUAAAGACGCAGCAGCUUAAGAAGAAUCUUUCUACCGCGGCUCUGAAGGGCUUCCACAGAGAAAGUUCUAGCUCGUCGUCGACCCCGCACAAGAAUAGGACGAGGUUGGUCGAGGUGGUACAGAGCGCUUCGUCCGCUCAAAUAAACGCUUCGUCCGCAUCAACGAAACCGCAACAGGGAGAAGCUGUUGGGAUGUUGCAGAGAUUAAUAGCCGAGGCUACGAAUAAACCAGUCGCGUUUAGCGACGAUCUCUCCGUACAGACGAGGGGCCAGCAAUUGCGUGGACUCGCGGCUUGUCACCAAGACGACGUUCUUCACAAAAAUUGGCUAAUUGCUCUGGUGAACAGUCAAGUAUUAUUGAAGGGUAUCGAGACGCGAGGUUACGUGAUUUUAUCCGCAGCGAAAGCUGAGAUAUUACAAAGAGUUCAUCAACCCGUAUGGAAGGAAAGAACUUUGGCGUCAAAGACAACCUGGGUUGGAUCGUUGGAGUGUAUGCAGUACUACGCGACUGUCAGUGCCAACAUAGACGAGAAUAUUGAUGAUAACAUAAUGUGGUUGACGUUAGACAAUAUACAAGAGAAAGAUUCGACGGUGAUAGCUGGAUUGCCGGAUGUGCCGGCACUGGUUGGUUCAGGACAGAGUGUCGGCGGUGUAGUGAGUCAGACGGUUGGCGGUGGUGGUGGCCCUCAACACCAGCUACAGCGCAUCGUAUCGAGAUGCAAAUGUGAGUUCUUCUACGUUGGUUACGGACAGGCUUUGGACGUCGGUUUCGUCGAUCAGGUUCCUCCACCGCCGAGGGAAGAAGUCAGUCCGUGGGAAAGAAAAGAGCUUUCGGCUGCGGACGCGUUUACGCUGAUGCAUCACGAUCUGGAUGUUUGCACCAAUUCCUUGCAGUACGCUAUGAUCUUAGAUAUCGUUAAUAAUUUGCUGCUUUACGUAGAGCCGAGGAGAAAGGAGGCGUCGGAACGUUUGCAAAGAAUGAGAUUUCAAUUGCAAUUACAUUCGGUCGAAGAUCAAAAACGACCGAUUCAACAAUUGCAAAACACUGUGCGUGGCUUAGUGGCGAAAUUACGAAGGUUGGAACGUGAGACGUACCUCGUGCAAAAAGCUCUCGCGGAGGAGUCCAGUCCUGAAUUGUUGGCGGAAAUGGAGCGGCUAGAAGCUCGAGUUUUCGAAUGUAAAGAGCAACUCUCCGCGAAAGCGGAAGAGCUUGACGUGAUGUUGAGUUGUUACAAAGAAACAACCGCCCCGACUACAGCCUCCACCACCUUAAAGGAUAAGCCGGCAGCGGUUGCGAGAGUCGCUGAAAUUUGUUUCAAACACGCUCAAUGGAGAUUGACCGACGCGGAUGGUCAAUUGGGUAUCGCCGAUCUUAUUUUAACGAACUUUUUGUACACGAAAACCAGCAAAACGGACGAUUCGGUUGAACAUCUUCUCGAAUUAGGAUACGUCAGAAUGACUAAUUUACUGCCGAAUCAAGUCUACACGGAAGUCUUGACUCCCACGGAAUUGCAAAGUAACAUGCCUGUUGAUAGACAGAGAGCUCUUCGUGUUUUUUGUAGGGAGAAAGCACCGGUUGCUGGAAUAUCUGUCAAAGAACAUUUCGAAAUCAAUGUUGUUCCCUUAACGAUAGGAUUAACGAAAAAAUUCUUCAAUACAAUGCUAAAAUUCUGCUUUCCGGAGAGAGAUCCGGAAGGUAUAGAGGAGCCACCCGCACCACAGCGAGAUUCCUCGUUCUAUGUACCGAUCGAAAGAAGAGACGAUGUUGAAAAGAUGAAAGAGCGAGCGGAUAAAAAUAAAUUAUUUAUAUAUAUUAAAAUACCAGAAGUACCCGUUCGUGUUUCUUACAAGGGAAAUAAAGAGAAAAAUUUGGAAGACGUUCGUGAUUUUGCAUUGGUAAUACCUACCUUGGAAUACCAUAAUGUUACUUGGACAUGGCUCGAUCUUCUUUUGGCUAUGAAAAGCGAUACCAGACAUGUAAUAUUGAGCCAAGCUAUUAAACAGAAAUUACAAAUUAAACCAAGAGGUCCGCAAGAAGAAUCCGCUCCACAAGAGGAAGAUAAAGCUCGGCUUCUACUGGGUGCUAGACAUCUACCGGGUGACGCCAGAAAGAAAGGUGUCUUUAAGUUUAAGUAGACUAUUAUAUCUUUACCUUGAAGAAUUUUUACCACCUAUUUCAUUAUUACAACACACGGAAUAUCACUAUUUAUUCUAAUCGAAUAUUUAAUAAGAGAAUUGUUGGUGCAUUGCGAAUUAUCUUUAUUAAAGACCAGCAACGUUUGUACGAUUUUUUAGCCACUUAUAAUUCUGUACGGUUCGUAUUAUCUGCUUAGUUAUAUAUAUAACCAAUACUGAACAUGUUCUCUCGUACACACGUUCGCUGUAGAAUAUCUCCAAGUCAAAUUCGAGUAAUGAUAACUACAAAGUGCUUUUUAUUUCGUAACUAGUGCCCUUAUCAAACUGAUUUUCUUUCUAAUCUUUCGCGACAUAUUUGUGUACGAUUAUUUUCAUUCAUUUUACAGUCUGCAGUUAACUGCAAGUGUGCAAGUCAGUUUUGAAUGUAACUUAUGAAUAACGCGUGACCGUAUUUUACAAGCGAAUACAUUUUUCAUUAUGUAAGAUUGUUGUCAUUUUUAACCUUCUAAUAACGAUCAAAG